AUGCCGAUUGAGAACCCGCCGCCGAAAAUGCUGGAGGCUUCGAAAGCAGACCCCCCUGCUUCAAAUUCUCAGUCCCAGUCGCUCAGCCUCUCCAACGGUAAACCACUUCGAGAGUCCAGCCACUUUGACGACAUCUACAAAAGCAUCUCCAGCACCUCAGAGGCAUCCCAUCAAAGCCGCCCCAAAUCUCACCGCCGAAGCAGCCUCGGGUCAGAUGAGGGCCCCUCCUAUACUAUCGGUAACCCCAUCCAAUUUCUAUUCAGUCGAGACGAUCCGUUGCAAUUGCGGUAUUCGGACGAGGGAGAGAUGGAGCGGGACCGUGCAGAGUACGUGCCAUCCGAAGAUGAACGUGAGGAUAUUGUUCCCAACGGGGAGGGUGAACAGCAGGUGGAAGAAGAGCAAAUAGAACGAAACCAGACGCUAUCGUCUUUCCUCCCCAGCAUGUUUCGAAACGCCGACCAUGCCCAGAACAUCAACGAUGAAGACAAGAAGUCCAAGAGGAAGUUCCAUCUUUUCCGUAAAAGAACCAAGGAUAGAGAAAAAAAACAGUCGAUCAUCACCAUACCUGACGAAGAGCCUGAACAAGAAGACGAAGAUCUCUUCACGGGCCAACGGGCCCAGCAGUUGGUCGGUGCCUUGGCCUUCGGGCCGCCAGCCAUCAGCCUCAUGGCAUCUUGUUUGUUGGAAGACGAGACAGGUCUUUCCAGAGCCCCUUUACUCUUGAGUUUAUUGGGAUUCCGAGUUACGGAUAUCUCCAAUACCAUUCUCACCAAGAACAGAAAGUUCCGGAUCGACUUGGAGUACGGGGUCGGUCCCCAGAGAAUGAAAUGGUCGGUGGAACGUACUGCCAAAGACCUUCUCUAUUUGCACUCGAGAUUCAAGCUUGAUAACUGGAGGAAAGAGGUGGUGCGUAAUAAGAACUCGGAACUCCCCAAAUACCCCAUUCCUCCCUUGCGAAGAAACAACCAGGAUGGGAAUCUCUUGACCCGAUACGCAAGAACAAACUCCAUCAAACCAGCAUUGAAUGAAUACUUGAAUCACGAGGGCCACGAUCAUCAGCAUGAGGAUAUGCAUUCAGCCAUAAGUCUUGGUCAGUUGGCCAGUCUUAGAGCACAUUUAUCCCACUCAUCAGCCUCUUCUAGUGAGCUUUUCGACCAGAACCCAGAAGCCUUGAGGGUAAGGAUUUCCAAGAACCAGGACUAUAUCCACCAAGUGGUCAACUAUUUGAAUGAGUUGAUCAAGUUGGUUGCGUUAAAGCCUCAGUCGAAUAGAUUAUUUCAUUUCUUGGAGAUCUCUCCGAUUUCCUCUUUGUUGAGUUAUGAAACAGGGUUCAUUGGUAAACAGGGUGUGGUUCAUAUAGGAGGUACAGCCAAGUCUCAGGGAUGGAGAGUUGGCCAUUUCAAGGCAAAUGAUUUAAAGGGUAUGAUCGAUAGACGACUGGAAAAAUGGCUUUUGGUCCGAAACAGCUACAUAAUGUACGUCUCGGAUAUCAACUCCACGUUACCGCUUGAGGUGUUCCUUGUUGACCAUAAAUUCAGAAUUACUUACAAAGGAGACCAGUUUUUCAAAGACGAUGACGACUCGGACUAUGAUGACGAUUCAGUUGAACAGAAAGUUGCAAGUGAGAAUGGAGAUGAGGCUCAUAAGCAUGCAGUUUUCAAGCAUUUGAAGAUUGUCAUUGAAAACUCCGAGAGAAAGCUCUCAUUGCUUCCAAAAUCACAAAAAGAGCAAAAGCUUUGGAUCAAUUCUUUAUUUGAGAUGAAAAACUCCACUGUGUGGUCGAAGAAGAACCGUUUUGAUUCUUUUGCUCCUGUCCGUGACAACUGUUAUGCUCAGUGGUUUGUUGAUGGAAGAGACUACUUUUGGGCCAUUUCAUCAGCGAUUGAAAUGGCCAAAGAUGUGGUUUAUAUUCAUGAUUGGUGGCUUUCUCCUGAACUUUAUUUGAGACGACCAGCAAAUGGCAACCAGCAAUGGAGAAUUGAUAGACUUCUUCAACGUAAAGCCAAGCAAGGAGUUAAGAUUUUCGUGAUUCUUUACAGAAAUGUCGGUUCGACGGUUUCCACUGACUCCUUAUACACCAAGCAUUCCCUUUUAUCACUUCAUGAUGAGAAUAUCCAUGUUAUCAGAUCUCCUAAUCAACUUUUGCAGAACACCUACUUCUGGGCUCAUCAUGAGAAACUAUGUGUUGUAGAUCUGACGGUUGCUUUCAUUGGAGGAAUUGACUUAUGUUACGGUAGAUUUGAUACCCCUGACCAUGUUAUAACCGAUGAUUCUGGAAUCAGUUUCUCUGUCCUUGACAAUGACCAUGUACCAACCGAACAAGACUUCACCGACUUUCAGAUCUUCCCUGGAAAGGAUUACUCAAACCCAAGAGUCAAGGACUUUUUUGGUCUUGAUAAACCUUACGAAUCCAUGUAUGAUAGAACCACAACUCCAAGAAUGCCAUGGCAUGAUGUCCAUAUGCUUACAUCCGGGAAAGUUGCUAGGGACUUGGCUCGUCAUUUUGUUCAGAGAUGGAACUACUUGUUGAGACAGAAAAGACCAAGUAGGUUCACACCUUUGUUGACACCACCUUCCGAUUUCACCGAGCAAGAAGAAAAGUUACUUAACCUUGGAGGCUCUUGUGAGGUUCAGCUCUUGAGAUCUUCGGGUAAUUGGUCUUUGGGAUUGAAAGAGCAUGAACAGAGUAUUCAAAAUGCAUAUUUGAAGUUAAUUGAGACUUCAGAACAUUUUGUAUAUAUCGAAAACCAGUUCUUCGUUACUUCUUGUGAAAUAGAUGGUAAUGAAAUCGAAAACAGAAUCGGAGAUGCUCUUGUGGAUAGAAUCAUUCGUGCCCAUAAUGAAGGAACACCAUGGAGAGCGGUUAUAAUAAUUCCAUUGAUGCCUGGAUUCCAAUCCCAGGUGGAUCAGCCUGAUGCUUCUUCUAUGAGAGUUAUUAUGCAAUGCCAAUUCAUGUCGAUUUCAAGAGGUCAAACCUCUAUUUUUGCCAAACUUAGAAAGUAUGGUAUUGAGCCUGACGACUACAUCCAGUUCUUCUCAUUGAGGAAAUGGGGUAGAAUCGGCCCCAAUAGAACCCUUGUCACCGAACAGUUGUAUAUUCAUGCCAAGAUCAUGAUUAUUGAUGAUAGAGCUGCUAUUAUUGGAAGUGCCAACAUCAAUGAACGGUCGAUGAGAGGUAUCAGGGAUUCUGAAAUGGCGGCAUUAGUUAGAGACAGAGAAACUAUCCAAACCAAAAUGGCCGGAAAAGAUUAUACAGCCGGAAAGUUUGCUCAUACUUUGAGAAUCAGGCUUAUGAGGGAACAUUUGGGUGUGCAUGUCGAUAUCGUUGAUAUUGUUGAGAGAAGGUUCAGAAGAUUCGAAGAACAUGCUUGCACCAGCGAAGGUAUCAAAGCAGCUACGAAUCACUUCAAAGAUAGCAAAUAUAGAAUCCUUUCUGCUAUGGUUGAACUUGCUUCGAGAGAUAUUUUGGGUGAGUCAGAAGGUACUUUUAGAUGGAAAACCUUCCAAAAGGUCAAUAAGUCAGACCUUGUUGCCGACCCUGUCCCCAUGGAAGAUAUUGAUGAGCUCGAAGCUCAAGACAAUAACCCAACUCCCAUCCCUUUGCCAAUUUCAUUUAAUAACAGGACUGGAACUUAUGAAGCGAAUAGAGGUAUUCGUGAUAAGAAAAAGCAGUCGUAUGAUGCACGUGUCCAGCACAGCGAGGUGCACAAAAGAGAUGUCUAUGGACUUGGCUUGGAUAAGUAUAAAACCAGAUUAGCCAAGACAGCCAGGUUGAACAGCACCAGGUUUUUGAAGGACUUGACCCAUAAAAUCAUGAAAACCAAUCCUCAUUCCACCGUAUUACCGGACAUCGAAAACAUAGCUGAGUUCCUUGAAGGAGACGAUUUCGAUAUGUCGGACGAGAUGGAUGAGGAUUCUGAACGCAUAAUUCACGAAAGAAACAAAGAAAGAUGGGUUCUUUUAAAGAAAGUUUCCUACCUACAGAGAGUUUCUGCUACUCAGAGGGAGUAUCAAGAUGAAGAAAACAAGAAGCGGGCCAAAGCAGGUAUGCCACCGGUCAAUUUGUUUGGUGGACCUUCACCUCCUAGUUCAGCUGACAGUAAAGUGGACGAAAAAACAAAGCCUGUUUCAUCGGUCGAAGGUUCUGUAGAAGCACCUAAAGAUAUUUCGGAAGUCACUGGUAUUGGGAGUAAGCCUACAUCGGCUUCUUCUGCAAAUACAAAUGGGACUUUGCACCAAAAUGGAAGUGCUAUUAAUGGCUCCCAUAGUAAUGGUCACCCCAGUACCACAAAUCUUCCAUCCAACGACAAAAAGCCAGAUUCUGCUGAGUUUUCUGCAAAUGUGCCGAUAGUUUCACUCAAUGAAGCAGGAGCUCAAGCCCUUAUAAACUCAAUCAGUCCCAAGGAUGCAGGGAACUUCACUAAAUUUGUUGAUCCUUACCUGUUCGAAGACCCUAUAAGCUUCGAUUUCUAUGAAGACUUAUGGUUUGAACAUGCAAGAAGAAAUACCGAAAUCUUUCGAAUGGUGUUCCAUACUCAGCCUGAUGAUACUGUGUUGACAUGGGCCGAUUAUAAAGGGUUCUCGAAGCUUCAGAAAGCUUUUAUCACUGCUCAAAUGCAAGAUUCCAAACGCAAAAGUGAAAGACAUCUUUUUGGAGAAAAUUCCAGUGAGGAUUCGGACCAGGAGUCUGAAAAUGAAAUGAGGGAUUCCAACGAUACAUCUGGUAGCACUGGUAUCAAUAUUGGAUCAGCCAAGAACGAAACUGUUACUUUGGGUCAACCAACUGAGAAUAUCUCCAAGAAACUGAGCUUCAAAUUUGUGUACCACAACACCAUUCCCGAAGACCCCGAGUUGCUGGGCGAGCUCGCGGACGGUACCGAACUAGGCCUUGGUAGUGGUUCCAAUGGUGUCGCUAACGGCAGUGCUAAUGGCAGUGGCUUCACCCGAAGAAGACGUGCAUUUAGUUCCAGAAAGAGGGUGGCUGCUGGAGAUCGUAUUUUUGAUAGAGAAACUGCCGAACGAAUCUUGAGUGAGAUCCAGGGUAAUUUGGUUAUAUUCCCAACCGACUGGCUUCUGAGGGAAUUGGACGGUGGAAAUUGGUUCUACAAUACCGAUAGAAUCCCCCCUAUAGAUAUCUACGAUUAG